GUGUUCGUGCGCGCUUCUUUUCCGCGGAUGACACGAUGGCAAACUCGCGGCCGCAGUCGAAACAACCGCCUCCUCCACUUGAAAUAAAUACCGCGGGGUCACUCGCUAACUCCCUUCCGGUACGUUUCUUCGUGAAAAACUAACCGUUGGUGGCGGUAGUGCAAAAGGCCAUGGCUACGUCCAGUGAUGGUGGACGAGAUAAGACGAUGUCUUUUGAUUCAUCUUCGAAAGAAUCACAACUUUAUUAAACGAGAUUUCAAAAAAAUUUCAAAAAAAAUUAAAUAAUUCUUAUGAGUAUUAAGAAUUUUUAAAUGAAAUCUGUUUAGAUUAGUAAAUAAACAAAAUGAGAUGAAAAUGUAGUUUAACAACCAACUAUUUAUUUCGAAUUCUAACCAAAGCAAAUUGCGUAACUGUUAUCUAACAAAGUAGAGUUAGAGGAACAGGUUGUGAUUGUUGUGGUUCUUCCUGUUAGGGGAUGUAUCCAAAUACCAGCCCAAAGGAUUCGUUACAAAACAUGGUAGAUUUGGGUGGAUAUGUAAUAAUUUUAGCUGAAACGAAGGAUAAAAAAAUCAAAUUAUAUGGUUCUCCUGCUGAUAAAGAUAACUUAGAAAUAGCAGAUGAAAUCUUAGAAGUGAACGGUCGAACACUAGAGGACGCUACUCAUACAGAAGUUAUUAGCCACAUUCAUCAGUGCAUAAGAUCUCGAACGAUAUGUUUGCGUGUAAAAAGAAAAAGCGGAGGAAUCAAACCGAUAGAUGUCGACCUGUGUUCAAGCAACGUGCAGGAUGCCUUCGUUAUCGCAGUGGAACAGCAGGCGAGAGAACGUUUGGAAAGGCUUUCUGCCCUCAAACGGGUCACCCCCGUGGAUAUGACCAAGUUAUCCCAUCAGUUAAAUCGGCAAACGACAACAACAGAGGACCUAAAUGGGUUUAUCAACAGCUCGCCCCUUUACGUAACAUCCCUAAACGCAUCGGAAAAUUUAAACAACAACCCGACCGUAAGCAGUACGAAAACCGCGGUAACCGCUGUUCCUUUGGUAUCAGCCGAAGAUGCUGUUAACAAUAAACAGCUGUUGCCCUCGAAUCAAACAAAUGGACACGAAACGAUAGGAGAGAACAUCGUUUUGAACCAAUAUCUCGAAUCUGGAAAACAACAACCGCCCAAAGAAGCCGCCCAAUCGACCGGGAACAAAAGCAUUCCAAAUGAUGUUAGGUUUGCUGCUUCUGGACAAACCAUCAAUAAAGUUCCUGCUGCAAGUGGAGGAUUUCAAACAACCGAUAACGGUGGACAAGUUUUGGAUGUUAGGAAACUAGGAGAUAGAAGGGGUUCGUCCCCUUUUCAAAAUGGAAGGACGGAGAUGCUUAUAGUUCCGCAAGACAAUAAAUUAAAAACUACCGCUAUAGUUGAAAGCAAUAAUAACAAAUUGGGGUUGGAUUUGGAGAAUAGGCCACGUCGUCGGUCCGGCAGCAGCAUCGUCGUGCUCGACGGCGACCUGGAGCCGGUUAAAAAGCCUCCAGAUGAUCUCGACGAUAACCUGGACUACAACAUGGUUAUGAUGCUCGCCGAUGACAACGGACCUCAUCGCGAGAUGGCCGUCGACGUUCCCGAUACUUUUAUUGCAAGAAAUAAAACUCCACCUCGGUAUCCACCGCCGAAACCAAUUAUCCAGGUGGGAUACGAUCGACUGUUAGGCGUAACGUUUCGCGAGGACGAUCAAGAACGUGCCAUAGAUGUACCAGAUCAUUUUGUUGAAAGAAAAAAGACACCGCCAAAAUAUCCGACCAGAAAUUCAGUAAAGAGUGGAUUAAAUGGCUCAGCAACGCAUUUAUCACCUUCACCUCCAGUUGUUCUUCCAAAUUCAACAACAAAACCAAUUCCACCUCCUAGAGAACAUUUAAAAAUCGAAAAAGAUGGACGUUUGGUGAAUAGGGGAGUUCCUGUACCCCCCGUUUUACCCGCCCGAAUCAAUAAUAACAACAACAUUACCACGAGUACGCCGACAUUGAUGACAACCGGGGAACAACCAACCAGGGAACAACUGGACAAUAUCAGGAAAUAUCAGGAGCAACUAAGAAAGCGACGAGAGGAUGAGGAGAGGAUAGCGGCUCAAAAUGAAUUCCUCAACCGGUCGUUAAGGGGCUCCCGGAAACUCCAAGCUUUAGAAAACAAGCCGCAGGGUUCCAUAAAUGACGCAUUCACGGAGGACGACCUCAACGAGUCUUCCAGGUCGACCACCCCUGCAACUUCCGAAAAAGAAAUUGUACACACAGCCUACGGUUAUGGCGAUUUAGUAGCUGCUGUUCAACGAUUACAAACUCAAUUAAAGAAAGCUGGAACAGGACGUGGUUUGGGUGGUUUGGAAGGACGAGUAGCCGCCGUUCAAUCACUUCUUUUAUCACCUCAAUUUGGUCGAGCUUUAGCCAUCCACAAUAAAGUUCAAGCGGUGCGUUCAAGAACCGCCCCAAGACCGACUUGUAAUGCUCAAUCGGCACUUAGAGACUGUUUAGAUGCCAUAAGCAACAAACAAAGCGCGUAUGCCGUCGAAUUGGCUACGUUAUUAACCGGUUAUGAAUUUGAAGCUCUUAUGGUAGCUCAUGAUGGCAUAGCAGCGACUUUACCGGAAGAUUCGACCACCCCUACACCAUCAACAGCAGAAACAAUUCCCCAAUGUUCUUUACAAGAUCAUUAUAGAGAGGAUAACAUUAAAAUAAUUAAAAUUGAAAAAAGUACUGAACCUUUAGGAGCUACAGUAAGAAAUGAAGGCGAUGCUGUGGUUAUAGGAAGAGUUGUCCGAGGUGGAGCUGCCGAUAAAAGCGGCUUACUCCACGAAGGGGAUGAAAUCCUCGACGUUAACGGAAUCGAAAUGCGAGGAAAAAGUGUUAAUUCCGUCUGUGAUAUCUUGGCCACAAUGGAAGGAACGUUAACUUUCGUUAUUGUACCAGCAGCUCAAGCCAGAGCGCAUCAAGGAAGAGAAUCUUUAUUACACGUUAGAGCUCAUUUCGAUUACGACCCAGAAGAAGAUAUGUACAUACCAUGCAGAGAGUUAGGGAUGAGCUUCCAAAAGGGGGAUGUCCUCCACAUUAUUAGCCAAGAAGAUCCAAAUUGGUGGCAGGCUUACAGGGAAGGCGAAGAAGAUCAAACUUUAGCCGGUUUAGUUCCUUCACAAUCAUUCCAACAUCAAAGAGAAAGCAUGAGAUUAGCCGCCGAAGAAAGAAUGAUGAAACCACAAAGAAAAUCUUCAACGUUAUUGUGUGGAAAAACAGCAAAAAGGAAAAAGAAAAAAGGGGCUUACGCCGAAGGAGGAUAUCCCAUGUACACAAACGCUGUUGAUGAAUAUGAAGCAGAAGAAAUUCUUACAUACGAAGAAGUAUCUUUAUAUUACCCUAGAGUAAACACAAUGAGGCCUAUUGUUUUAAUAGGCCCUCCCAACAUUGGAAGGCACGAAUUAAGACAAAAACUUAUGGAGGAUUCUGAAAGAUUUGCAGCAGCAAUUCCUCAUACCUCAAGAGCUAGAAAAGACUCAGAAGUUGACGGCCAAGAUUACCAUUUUAUAACCCGCGCCCAAUUCGAAGCGGACAUCCUCUCAAGAAAAUUCGUCGAACACGGAGAAUACGAAAAAGCUUAUUAUGGAACUUCGUUGGACGCGAUUCGAUCCGUCGUAAAUUCGGGGAAAAUUUGCGUGCUAAAUUUACAUCCUCAAAGUUUAAAAAUUUUGAGGACAUCCGAUUUAAAACCUUACGUCGUUUUUGUUGCACCGCCAAGUUUGGAAAAGCUGAGGCAGAAGAAAAUAAGAAAUGGCGAAACGUAUAAGGAAGAAGAAUUAAAAGAUAUAAUUGAAAAAGCUCGUGAAAUGGAAGAUAAAUAUGGACAUUUCUUCGAUAUGAUUAUAAUAAAUAACGAUACGGAAAGGGCGUAUCAUCAACUAUUAACGGAAAUAAACAGUUUAGAGCGAGAACCACAAUGGGUUCCAGCCGCUUGGGUAAAAUCUAGUUAGAACUAGUUUUUAGUGUAACGUUUAAAAUAGUACGUAUCGUGCCGACUGAUUCGUAAUCCAACUUCUUCCUUCGAUAUUGUACAGAAAAAAAGAAAUAAUAUAAUAAAUACAAAUAGAAUUUCUCUUUGAGAAAAACACUAUUAAAAAAAAAUUAAAAUCCAAGUAUAUAAUCGCGUUAAUUAAUUUAAUUUGCGAUUUUAAGGUGAAUACUAAAAUUUUAAAUUAAAAAAAAAUGGUGCUAGUCGUUUGUGAAAGUAAAUAAAGCGAUAAAAAAGUGGAGAAAAGAUUUCAUUGUGUGUAUAUAAAAAAGAUUAAAAUAAAAGGCCAGGGAUGUUUUUUUUUAAUUGAGGGGGAAAUGGUUAAUUAACGAUUAUAAGAGAUAACAGAGACGGCAAUAAUGUAUGUAAAUAAUAAGUUUUUAAAUUUUAAGCGUAAAAAUACGUCUACCUAUCGAAAUUUAAAGAUAAUGAAUAAGGCAGGUCGCAUUUUAUCUAAUAGCGAUUCAUUGUACUUAGUAUUCAAAUUGUUGUAUAUAAGAACUAAAAAAAAUCUUUGUCUUUAGAGUAAUUAUGAGAAUUAAAUUGUGAAAAGAACCGCUCACACCUAAAAUAAAAAUAAUUAUUAUUA